AUGGGUAGGACCAAAGCGAAGGAUGUGGACGGGUACAAGCUUUGGUUCUCGGGCAAAUCAAGGUAUAGGAAUGGGGUAGGGAUCUUAGUAGAUAGUGAGCUUAGAGAUCAGGUGGUAGAAGUUAGGAGGAUCAACGACAGGAUGAUGGCGAUUAAGUUAGUCGUUGGAGGGUUCACCUUGAACAUUAUUAGUGCCUACGCGCCACAAGUGGGUUUAGACGAGGAGGUAAAAAGGCGCUUUUGGGAGGACUUGGACGAAGUGGUGGCAAGUAUACCGCCUACUGAGAAGCUAUUCAUAGGAGGAGAUUUCAAUGGGCACAUUGGGUCUGUUUCGAGGGGUUAUGACGAGGUGCAUGGAGGAUUUGGCUUCGGGGACAGGAAUGGUGGAGGAGUCUCGCUCUGGAUUUCGCAAAAAGCUUUUGGAUUGGUGGUAGCCAACUCGUGUUUUCCGAAGAAGGAGGAGCACUUGGUAACCUUUCGUAGCUCAGUGGCUGCGACGCAAAUAGACUUCUUGCUCCUUAGAAAAGAUGAUAAAGGCCUCUGUAAGGACUGCAAGGUCAUACCGAGUGAGAAUCUUACGACCCAACAUAAACUAUUGGUGAUGGAUUUGGAGAUAAGAAGGAAGAAGAAGAAGAAGGUUGUGGAUGAUCGAGCGAGGAUUAAGUGGGGGAGUUUGACUCCGUCUAGUGCCCUAGAGAUGGGAGAGAAGUUGAUGGCUAUGGGAGCGUGGGAUAGUAAGGGGGAUGCGAGCAGUAUGUGGGAUAGGACGGCCGGUUGCGUUCGGGAAGCGGUAGAGAGGUAUUGGGGGUCUCACGAGGUCGCCGUGGUGGGCACGCGGGGAUUGGUGGUGGAAUGGAGAAGUCCAGGAAGGUAG